CACUGAUCGGCCAGAAUGUAACGAUUCUGUGUGUGAUUGUUACUUUUUGUAGUGUUGGUGGCAUAAUUGGGGCUGUUGGUGUACUGAUAAAGAGAAAACGAAGAAAACGAUGACUGCUGACACUGUAGUUCGUCAURAUUUAAAGACAAUCCAAGAAGCACGAUACAUAAGAUUCUUACCUGUAGAAUUUUUCGGUGGUGACAAGACGAUAAGAGUCAACGUGUUUUUUAUUAAUCAAAAAGCACCACGUGUUAACACCACGCCCUCUGAACGAUCGAUAUUCCUACAAUGGACUAUUCAACCAUGUUUUAAACUAACUCAACUUAUCACUGGCUACCUUGUGGAUGUAAGCACAAAAGAAGGAAGUAAAUCAGUCAGGGUUGGUCCACUAGCUACAAGUAAAAUCAUCACAGGACUUCAGCCAUACACUGAAUAUAAAAUACGAGUCAAGGCUGUCCCGUAUGGAUUAUGGAGUGAUAACAAGUCCAUCCAGACUGAUAUAGCAGUUCCACAGGUAAUCCAAAGCGUUGUUACGUUGAAAACCCUCUCGUCAAAUUCUAUCAGCGUCACGUGGAAGCAUCCACAAAACCAUUCUAUCAACGGACCAUUAAAAGGUUAUAGAGUAACUUACACAACAAACAAAGGCCAGUCAAAGAAUGUUGACGUAGGUGUGGUCAACACGUGGAAUCUUACGUCACUAGAAAAGUGCACGUGGUACAGUGUAACGGUGUCAGUUAAUAACUCCAAGUACAUCGGUCCACCGAGUAAAAAUUCCACUAUAAGAAUUGGAAAUGGUAAGUGUUGA